GAACAAAGAUCAAAAAGCAGCAUUUAAGAACACAGUGAACUCUGCUUCUACAAGAAAGAGAGAGAGAAAGAGAGAGAUUUGUGCUUUCGCUCUUCACACGUUUGCUUCAAGAUUCCAUGAAAUUACUUGCAAGUAAUUGAUCUCUCUCAACUUUCAUUUCACUCAUUCAUACUGUUUCAUCCUUCAGAAAUUUCAAGACAACAGCAAUAGGUUUUGGCAAAUCCAGACUUGUAUUCAUCAAUCUAUACAGUUUCUGCGUCUUCUGUUCUAACGAGAUGCUGCUGUGAAUCUAAAUGUGAAUGUGAAACAGUGAUUGUUUCGGUUUUCUGGCUUAAUAAUAAGCAGUUGUUUUAGUGCUUUCUGAUGCUUGAUUGAGCUAAUCAUGGCUGGAGAUAUCGAACAGCCGUUUACCUUUAAUUUUCAGGUAGAGUCUGCAAUCUCAGACUCCAUAUCAUUUGGAAGGUUUGAGAAAGAAUCUUUAUCUUGGGAAAGGAGGUCAUCAUUCUCUCAUAAUCGUUAUCUUGAAGAGGUAGAGAAAUUCUCCAAACCGGGUUCAGUCAAUGAGAAAAAGGCUUACUUUGAGGCUCAUUUCAAGAAAAAGGGUGGAUUGCUUGGUCAGAAUUCGGCCGAGUCCCAUACUAUUGAGAAUGAUGUAUCAGAGCAAGUGAAUCAAGAGGCAGACGUUGAGAUUAUAAGCAUGGAAAAUCAUGAUGGCCAUUUUGAUGAUAGCUCUGUCAGUUCACAAGACCAUGGGGACCAUUUAGUGACAAAAUUUGAAGAUAUGCCCAAACAUGGAAUGUCAGCUCCUAAUCCUAAAUUUGAAAUUUCUUUCAGCAGUGUUAACGCUCAAAUAAACAAACAAGAUGACACUGGGGAGAACAAGUUCUCUACUUUUGUUAGUGAUGAACCAGAGGUUGAAUUAAAGCAAGAUGCCAACAGUCAUGGAAUGAGUGAGAAUAUGCAAUCUGAAGCCAUGGAGGCAGUCCCAAAAACUGAACUAACGAAAAAAGCUGGCAAUAACUGCUCAGGAAGUCAGCAAACUCUCACUCCCAAGAUGAUAUCUAGAAGGGAAACAAAGGCCUCCUUCAGAUCUCAGGCUAAUAUUUCUCAGAGUCGAAGAAAUGUUUCGGGUGAUGUUCUCAAAUCCAAUAAAAGCAAAGGUGAGCCUUCACAUACAACUUACACAGAAGCUCAUCCAUCAAAAACUGUCAUUUCUCGUGCAAAUGCUGUCCGUCAAACGCCCAAACCUAAACUUGAGGAUUCUAAAGUUCUCAAGGGAAGAACUGUUCUCGAGAGUAGAAGAUAUAGUGGUGAGAAGGUACGAACUUCUGGAAUAUCACAUUCUUCUCCAUCAAAGCUUGAAUCUAGAUCAUAUUUGAAGACAGCGACCAGGCCAAGUCGUACUGUCAACUCAGCCAUGGAAGAUACAGGGAAAAGCGCUUCAGCUUCAAAUAGAAGCACGGGCUUGUCAGAACGGAGAAAACAGGGCAAGGCAGACUCUGAAAUGAAGAAAUUACAGAAAAACGUUGACAUCAGAUCAAAACCAAUACCGUCUUCUUAUGGUGCAGUUCGACCAGAAUUAGAUGGGAAGAAGGCUGUGUUAAGUGGUUCUAAAAUAAGAAACACUUUAAGGAAGUCCACAGCUGCGGCGUCGUCCUCGCAUUCACAGUUAGGAAAAGACACUGUUUCCUCUGCAAGUGAAGCAUCAUAUACUUCAAAAAACAUGAGCUACCACGCAGCUGUGCAUGGUGAAGCAAGCGGUAAUUCUUCGAGUUCAUCAGCCAACCAAGAGUGUCUCCAAGAAGCUGUAUCAGAAAUCGAAAACAAGAGAAGGAAAGACCAAGCAAAGGAGAAAGAACCCAAUGUGCAGAAAUCCCGAAUUUCGGAGAAUCAUAAGACGAUGUCUAAACAAGGCAUCGAGGGGAGGCAGAAAGUCGGGGUGCGGAGGAGCAUGAAUUUGGUGGGGAGAUCAAGGGACAUUAAGGGUGUUGCUGGCUCCGGAAUGGGACGAUUUGCUGUUGGUGUUACGUCGUGAAUUAUUUAUGUUUCGUUCACUUCACAGGUAGUAGGAAUCGUCAUUCAUAUUGUCCUGGUUCUAUAUUUGCCAUAAUUAUUGUCGUAGCUAUUAUGCUGCAUUGUAAUGUAAAUUAGAUGUCAUGUAUGUUAAGGUUUGGUAGGAAUAAACAACAAAUUGUGACUACUUUUCUCUCUAUUUUGAAAGACUCUAAAUCGACAUUUGCUAAACUGUGUUAGGUAUCCA